GAGACUUAUACAAAAGUUCGAUGCAUACAGCUUUUCAACUGUAACCGAGCGGUGUUUUUUUUCUUUAGGACUGCUGGAAGAAGAAUUUAGUGCAGACAUGACGACUUCUCGUCUCCCGUUUCUGGACAGGGAUCCUCAUUCAAAACCACAGAUGGAAACAAAAGUGAAAAAGGUCUUUGUUACUGAGCUGGAUGACAACAGGGACAGGAAAAAAGAGGAGUACCACAUACCUGCAGCUACAGAGACUAGCAAACUCCUAGAGGGUGGAGUGAAAAUGCUAAAAAAGACGCUGAUUGCGAGAAAACAAGCCGAGCUGCAUGAUGUGGACGUCCAGCUUGCACUCAAGAGACAAUAUUUCAAAAGCUGCAUGGAGGCUCUGGCUCAUAAAAGGUCAGAGCUGGAAACAAAACAGCAGCAAGCUAAAGAGACAGAGAUGAAAUUCGAGAAGUUUGUGGCUGAGAAUGAAGUGAAGCGACAAAGAGCAAUGAAAGAGUGUAAGGCCAUGAGGGAGCAGAAUGCCCUGAAAAAGAGAGAGAUAGAGGAUUUGACAGAGCAGAUGACAAAACUGGAAACCAGGCGGAAAGUUUUAAAGCAGAAAACUGAAAAAUACAGAAUCUACGAGGACUUUUUGUUGAAAACCCUAGAUCGUCUCCCCAGCAUUCACCGCCACAUUAGCAACGAACCUUUGGUAAUGCCUGUUAUUCGGCGCCACGAAAUGUUGUCCAUUACCCACCAGGAACUGCUGCAACGUCACAAGGACAUGCAGCUGGAGGUGGAGCAGGGUCAGCAGCAGCUGGAAAACAUGAAGCAGCAGCACAGCAUCAAACAGCUGAUGUCCAACAGGAAACUAUAUGAACUGCUGAGCGAGUUAGAAGGCCUGGAAGAGAAGAACAAGCAGGCAGAGGUUAACUUACUGAUGAGACGACGUGUAACCAGAAAGGAGGCUGUGGAAACUGGAAGAACACUUAUGGCUGUUAAAAAUCUUGCACAUCACUGUUACCUUCCAGAGUACGGAGAUCUGGAAAGCAUGAGUGUGCCGACAAUGAUGGACAUGGUGAAGGAGUUCAUUCUGGACAGCGCAGACACUGAGAGGAGAGUGAGGAAGCUGGAGUCCUGCUCUACAGCAAGUCUGACUGACAAAAGAUGGAGAAAAUCACUGAAAAGCAUCGGAAGCAAAGUUCAAAUCAAAAGUUCAAGCAGAGUCAGUAAAAUGAGUGACACAUUCAAUUGA